AUGCUCUUCGCUUGUGCUCGGUGCAACACCGCGCUUAUCUCAGAAUGACGCGCAACCGCAGACGCUAUAGGACCCCCGAAAGCCCAGCCUGAGGCGCGUAGGUAAAAUCCGCUAAAAUCCCGGAUUUUGGACCUCUUUUGUCCACCAAUUUUUGGAUUUUUCGCCCAAAAAAGUCCCCAAAAUGUCCAGUCCAUCUACGCGCAUCCAAAAAUAGCUCUAGAAUUGCUUCAAAUGCUCCAAAACAUCUUCAAAAAUCGCGAAAACGCCGUCCGGACAUCUUUCGCCCGGACCGAAUCGGCGGAGCCCCCGCGCGCGUCAGCCGUUUUGGAUCUGCUUCGCCGAGGGCUCCUCACCUGCACUUGCUGCCUGCCUUUUUGA